AUGUCGGUCAGUUCGGGGGGUGAUGAUGAUGAGGGAGUGAUCAGCUUGAAGCUGGAGUGGCAAACUUCUGAGACAAACCACUUCAGGAUGAACACUCGACUAAUCCUCCGAGCAAUCCAACUACCAACAACAACAACUGCAACUGCCACCGAACUACGGCCGACUAUCAGCCCACUAUUAUCAUCGGCUAGGAUCAGAAUCAGAAGGAAUUCAAAAAUCGCUAACCUCAGACCAACAGCACCUGACAAGAACCAACCACUACCAUCACAAUCAAUCCUCUUACCACCAUCAUCAGAAUCCAAUCCCAAGUCAUCCCCAGAGUUGGUCUCCUCCUUUCAGGAACCCUUGGUUGGUCUCAGUCCUCCUCUAGUCCAACAGGAUAACAGCCAAGCCAACACACCCUCCUCCUCAUCAUCAUCAUCAUCACCACCACCACCUAAACCACCUAAACCACCUAAAUCAAACCCAUCAACCUCAUUAACAACAUCCUCGAACUCGCCCAACGAAUACACCGUCCUGCCCACCCAUGCCUUUCACACCCAUCGAUUCGUCAAACAACUCGAGCGGUCCACUCUCCGAUCAGAAUCAGCCAAAGAGAUAUUGAAAUUUGUUGAAAGCAGUCUCAGAUCCUCGGAGAAACGAUGGUUAUUAACUGGGCCAUCAGGGGGGAUCGUCUCGAAAUCAUACGCCGAAGGACAGGCUUAUCUCUACAAUGCUGCCCUAGGUGAACUGAGGACUGAGGUUCAAGUUAAGGCUAGGAACGAUGGAAUCGUACUCAAAUCGGCUAGCAAUUCCGUCCAAAGAGAAAUCGAUAACCUCAAACAAAAACUUAAAGAAGAUAUCAGCGCGCUGAAGAAUGAGCUACAGCUGGAAUUCAAUCAUCGCAAGGAAGAGGCUAGUGAUGACCAGAAAAAAUUAGAAUUAUCGAUCCAAGAGCUCAAUAGUAAAUUUACGAUCUUGGUUAGCGAAGUAAGAACCGAAAUUGAGACGAGAAAAUGGGUGACAACUCGAAGAUGUGUUGUUGCGAUUGCUUCAUUAGCAUUAUGUGUAGUGAUUUUCACGGCGCUCGAGAACCCUCAAACCUUGACAUCCUCAAACUCCUCGAGAUCGACCAACUCCCAAAACAGAACUCCUUCCUCCUCCUCCUCCUCCUCCUCCUCAUUAUCACAUUCCAGUAAUGUGGCAGACGAUGAUCGGAAAUUGUUGUUGAAGGAUCAGAUCAUGAGAAGUGUUGAAGAACUCGGAAUCUUGCCCGAACGAGAAGAUACGGAAACCGAAUACAAUUCCUCUUCUAAUUCUUUCUUCGGUUCAAGCUCUUUCCCUGGGAAACGAAUCGGCGAAUAAAGCAUAAUCAUCAUCAUCCUCCUCAUCAUCAUCCAGUGUUCCUAAAUUCAAAGUUAUAGCCUUUCGAUAUGAUCAUUGAUCACACUUGUCUUGACUUCUCUCAUAGAUUUAGUCAUCUAGAGUCCUGUAUUUUAAUCUAGUCAUUCUUAUCUUACGUUAGUUAGUUAUUUCUUUGAGCUUUCAGAAGGAGGUUGAUGUUUAGAACAUGAAGAGCGCCACAACACAUUGCUGCUCUUUCUUCUUCUACAAGCAAUCCCAAGGCAAAAAAAG